GUUUCCAAACCUUUGCCUUUCCCAUUUUACCCUCGCUCUGCAUCUCCACCCCCAAAUUUCUUUUUGGUCGCGACCUCGUCGAAACUCCGAAAGCAGAAACAACACACACAUCCUCUCUGAUCAGUGCACCUGGUUUCUGUUCUUGAGCCAUGGCUCCUACUACCUCCCAGCGAGCCACGCUAGCCAGGCUCUGCAGCUCCAAGGACUGGUCCAAGGCCAUUCGAGUCCUCGAUUCGCUCGUUUCUCAGUCUGGUGCAAUCCAAGACAUCUGUAACAGGGCCUUCUGUUACAGCCGAUUGGAGCUGCACAAGCACGUAAUUAAGGAUUGCAACAAAGCGCUUCAGCUUGACCCCUCGCGACUUCAAGCCUACAUUCUCAAAGGUCACGCCCUUUCUGCAUUGGGAAGGAAAACAGAUGCUCUGUUAGUAUGGGAGCAAGGUUAUGAACACGCCCAGCAUCAGUCUGCAGAUUUGAAGCUGUUGCUAGAACUGGAAGAGCUUUUGACGACAACAAAACAAGGCAACAGUGCAUUGUAUGAAACAAAUGGGUCGCCCGUUUCACAAUCCGAAUCAGAUUCUCCGAGUAAUGGGAACUUGACUGAAAUUUGUGAGAAUCAAGAUAGGUUGAGUGUUCAAGAUGAAUUAUGUGACAACGCAAGUGAUAAAUCAUUGAUCUUGCUGAAGUCUGCUGAUAAUUUUGACUUGCGAAAUGAAUUAAAUAUUGAAGAUAGGGAGUCUAAUAAAUCUGACAGCCAAGUGAAUGGAAGCCCUGACGUUAUUGAUAAACUGAGUUAUAAUUCUGAAUCAUGUAAUGACUCAAGUGACACUUCAGAAUCAUGUGAUAAAGAUAAAGUAUUUACCAAUAGUGGGGAGUCUAGUAGUGACUCACUUGAUGUUGCUGAAAUUCUUAGAAAGCUAAGUAGUAAGUUUAAUUUUCCCCAUGAAAAAAUUGGUGAAGCAAGGAAAAAUAAGUUUUGUGUUGCUCGGAUUUCAAAGACUAAGUCUAUAAGUGUAGAUUUUCGGCUCUCACGGGGAAUAGGAGAGGUUAAUGAAGGGAAAUAUGCUCACGCCAUAUCCAUUUUUGAUCAGAUACUAAAAGAGGACCCUGCAUAUCCCGAAGCACUGAUAGGAAGAGGGACUGCUUAUGCAUUCAAGAGAGAACUUGAUGCUGCUAUAGCUGAUUUUUCAAAGGCUAUAGAAUUUAAUCCAUCAGCUGGUGAGGCAUGGAAGAGGAGAGGUCAGGCACGGGCAGCCUUGGGGGAGUUUGUUGAGGCUAUUGAAGAUUUGACUAUGGCAUUAGAGUUUGAAUCUAACUCAGCAGAUAUUUUACACGAAAGAGGAAUUGUGAAUUUCAAAUUUAAAGAGUUUGAUGCUGCAGUUGAAGACCUUUCAGCAUGUGUGCAGCUAGACAGGGAUAAUAAGUCUGCCUAUACAUAUUUGGGUUUAGCAUUAUCUUCAAUUGGUGAAUAUAAGAAAGCUGAGGAAGCACAUCUGAAAUCACUUCAAAUUGAUAGAAAUUUUCUUGAAGCAUGGGCACACCUGACUCAGUUCUAUCAAGAUUUAUCAAAGCCAACAAAAGCUCAGGAAUGUCUAAAUCAGAUGCUGCAAAUUGAUGGGAGGUUUGCCAGAGCUUAUCAUUUGCGCGGCCUUUUGUUCCAUGCAAUGGGAGAGCAUAGGAAGGCUAUCAGUGAUUUGACAAUGAGCUUGAACGUUGAUGGUGCCAAUGUCGAGUGUUUAUAUUUGCGAGGUUCAUGCUACCAUGCUGUUGGACGAUACAAAGAGGCGGUCAAGGAUUAUGAUGCUGCAUUGGAUUUGGAAUUGGAUUCAAUGGAUAAGUUUGUGCUUCAGUGCCUUGCCUUUUACCAGAAAGAGAUUGCUCUUUACACAGCCUCAAAAUUUAACAGUGAAUUUUUCUGGUUUGACAUUGAUGGGGAUAUUGAUCCACUUUUUAAGGAGUACUGGUGCAAGAGGUUGCAUCCCAAGAAUGUAUGUGAAAAGGUUUACAGGCAACCUCCUUUUCGUGAGUCUUUAAGAAAGGGAAAACUUAGAAAGCAAGAAUUAGUUCUUACAAAGCAGAAGACUGCUCUUAUACAGGCAGCGGACUCCAUUGGCAAGAGAAUCCAGUAUGAUUGUCCUGGUUUCCUACCUAAUGGACGCCAGCAUCGUAUGGCAGGAUUUGCUGCUAUUGAAAUUGCACAAAAGGUCUCCAAGGCUUGGCGUUCCUUUCAAGCAGAAUGGAAACAUUCUAAUAAAAAUAACUCAAACUCAAAGAAUGGCAAAAGGGCAAGGAGAAGGGAAAGAAUUAAUAUGCUCAGUCAGAAUAGGGGAGGUGCAGGUUGUAGCACAAGUAGUGCCUCUGAAAUAUCUCCUUCAUAUGGCAUUGCAGUUGAUAGAUCAUCCAGCCGUUCCAUGUCAUGGCAAGAUGUUUAUUCAAUAGCUGUUAGAUGGAGACAAAUUUCUGAGCCUUGUGAUCCUGUUGUGUGGGUGAACAAGUUAAGUGAAGAGUUUAAUUCUGGAUUUGGUUCUCACACUCCUAUGAUUCUGGGACAAGCCAAAGUUGUCCGUUACUUUCCUAACUAUGAAAGGACAUUAGAUAUUGCAAAGACUGUCAUAAAAGAGAAAUCAUAUGUCUACAGCAAGACAGAUCAGAUCAUUCGUCUUUCCAAAGAUGGGAAAUUAGAAGAGGUCAUUCAUGCCAAUUCUGUCUCUGAUCUUUAUAAUGUUGUUGGUGAGGAUUUCUGGUCAUCUACUUGGUGCAACAGUACUGCAUUUGAAGGGAAACAACUUGAGGGGACAAGGAUAACACUUGUAAAAAUGGGGGAGAAUGGUUUUGACUUUGCAAUUAGAACACCUUGUACACCUGCUAGAUGGGAGGAUUAUGAUGCAGAAAUGGCAAUGGCAUGGGAAGCUCUCUGCAAUGCUUACUGUGGUGAAAAUUAUGGGUCUACUGAUUUCGACGUGCUUGAAAAUGUGAGAGAUGCAAUUUUAAGGAUGACAUAUUACUGGUAUAACUUCAUGCCACUGUCCAGAGGAUCUGCUGUAGUCGGAUUUGUAGUCAUGCUGGGUUUGUUACUUGCUGCCAAUAUGGAGUUCACAGGAAGCAUCCCACAAGGUUUUCAGGUUGAUUGGGAAGCCGUUUUGAACUUGGAUCCUAAUUCCUUUGUGGAUUCUGUCAAAAGUUGGCUAUACCCAUCUCUGAAGGUAACAACCUCAUGGAAAGACUAUCAUGAUGUUGCAUCAACUUUUGCAACAACAGGGUCGGUUGUUGCUGCCUUGAGCUCUUCUGAUGAUUGAACUCCUUGGAAUAAUGACAGGUUAGUCAAUGACCAAGUUAUUUUCAAUUUCUGUUUUUCUUAAUUUCUGGUCUUGUACUGUAGCUUUUGCAAUUAAUUACCCAAUACAACAGAACGGUUCAAUUCAAUGUCUCUGCUAAAGCAAACACAAGGUUCUAUCUGCUUUUGUACGCUUCUGUAUGCUCACCUAGUAACUAUAUUGCUGCUGGUCUUUCAUAAAUCAUAACCUGCGGAAAAUGCAGCAGAACCGUAAAAGCUUUGACAUUUACUUAUUGAUCUUCCUAUUGAUGCUUAAUCUGUAUGCAGUCUUUAUAAAUUGUAAUAAUAUAUGAUAGCCAUUGUACAGUCUUGUAACUUAAGGCGUUGGAUGAUGAAAUUAUCAUUUAUCUUUUCCACUAUUCCAA